UCAGAAGCAAGAAAACUGCAAAACAAAGUUAGUGUUAGGAAGAAGAAACGAAUAUGUGUUUCUGCUGUGGCGAUGAUUGCGAGUGCAGGCCCUUAGGCUUGCUGUUGGGUUUGCCCUUUGCUUUUCUAUCGCUCCUCAUCUCCAUAGUCGGCAUAGUUGUCUGGAUUGUAGGGUUGGUAUUGACAUGCAUCUGCCCGUGUUGCUUGUGCGUGACCAUCCUAGUAGAGUUUGCACUUGGUUUGAUCAAGGCUCCAGUUCUGGUCAUGAAGUGGUUCACCUCUAAGAUCCCUUGUUAGAAUUUAUUUCGGUUUCCAUUUCUUCAUUAUAUUUAUUCCAUUCAUUUCAAUUUU